GACGACGACGCCGAUGAGCGCGUCCCGUACUCCCGCCGACCCGAGUGGGCGGACGUCGAGCCCAUCCCCCAGCCCGAGUCCGCCAACCCCGUCGUCCUCAUCGACUACGCCGACGAGUACGUCGACGCCAUGGACGUCUGGCGCGCGGUGUACCGAUCGAGGGAACGUUCGCGACGCGUUCUGGACCUGACGCGCGACGUCAUCGGCAUGAACGGCGGCGCGUACACCGUCUGGCAUCACAGGUGGGAGCUGGUGUCGGCGCUGGGGGUGGACCUCGCGGAGGAGCUCCGGUACGCCGGCACCAUGGCGCGCGCCAACCCCAAAAACUACCAGGUGUGGAACCACAUGCGCCUGUGCUCGCAGGCGAUGAAGGCGAGCGGCGACGACGCGCGGGAGACGUUAGCCUGGGAACUCAACGAGACGCACACGCGCAUCGCCCUCAUGAUGGACGCCAAGAACAUUCACGCGUGGACCCAGCGCGCGUGGGCGGUGCGAACCUUCGGGCGGUGGACCGACGAGAUGGAAUUCACCGAGCGGAUGAUCGACGACGACGUUCGGAACAACAGCGCGUGGAACCAACGAUUCUUCUGCGUCGUCGGCGGCCUCGGCGGAUUCGUCACCUCCACCGACGACGACGGGAACGGGGACGGCGCGGACGUCGUCGUCCUCGCCGAGUCCGAGCUCGCGUUUGCCAAGUCGCGUCUGGACAAGUCGCCGCACAACGAGUCGGCGUGGAACUACGUCAGGGGGAUCUUAA